GAUUGCUCAAUUGCGCAUGCGCAAAUAUAAUUUCCGUUGAGACGAGAAAAAGAAAAAUAAUUUUUCACAUCCUUUGUAAAAAGACGUAAAUACUGAUAAAUUAAGGUUAUUCUCAAAAAUAGUUUCUGGAAAAGUCAAACUUAAAUCAUGGCCCACCAAGAGGGCCAGCAAAAUGACCAUAUGGCCGACGGUUGGUUGAGUGCUUUUGAAGAAGAAUGUUUAGAGGAUUUGGAAAGUUCGGAAACAAAUAUGGAGGACAACGUUCAGAGAGAUACAGACUUUGCAAUGCAGAAAUUAUUUCUACAGUUUCAAAAUUCUGCAACAGCAAUUGCUCAAUUAUAUAAAGAUCGUACCAAUGGGCUUUCAUUAUGGAUUCCAUUCCAAAAUGCUGCGUCUUCAGUUACAACUCUAUAUAAAGAUAGUGUUGAUACAGCCAAACAUUGCAUGGAAUCUGGUGUUCAAAGAGGUCGGCAAAGACAACUGAAAGACAUUGUGUCCUGGGUGAAAAAACGAAGAAGACAUAUUAGACGUGAAGAUUUGUUAGCUUUCCUUAGUGGUAAAAAUCCACCACAAAGAACUAAAAUGUCUGGUAGUGUUGUGCGUCAUAGUGCAUCAGCAAGAAUGGAUCGUUCAUUUCCAAGGUUCCCUUCAGGGGAUAGUUUACCUAGGAGUACGGAGGCGGAUUUGCAAUGCUUCCGAGAGGCAAUUGCCUUGCAAGGUUUAGAUGGAGCUAUGUCAAAUAUUAGUGUGGGAUUCAGGCCACACAACAAUUCAAAUUCUAAUAGUUUGUCUGGCCUGCCAAAAACCAACGUUGAGGAACUGAACUCUUUCAUUUUAGAUGAAUUUUCACGAAACUGUGAUUCUAGAAAAAGAGCGGCGACUCCCGAUGUUAAUAUGGACUCUCCUACUAGAAAGAAGAAUAGAUUGUUAUAGACUAACCUAUCAUCUAAUUCAGCUGCUUUGUAUUUGAAAUUCUUAGUUAAUUUUUCAACUUUGUAUGUAACCAAACAUGAGUACAUUAUAUUUUGUGAUGGAGCUUAAUCAUUUUUAGUAAUGUAAAAAGAAAAGAAUUAAAUCCAGCAUUGAGUGUGAUACUACAGAAAAAUAUAUUAUUUAGUAAUUAUUAUAGUUACUUAAGUUUUUUAACUAAUAGAUAAAUUAUAAAAUCCAUUUAAUUUGAGAAAAUUAGUUAAAAGUAGAUUACACAAAAGUCAGUUAUACCUCAUCCAAUUUUAGAAAAUUUGUGCUAUUGUAAAGAUCUGGUUGUAUGAAAAGCAUGGUUCGAAGCGAGAAGCAAACCAUAUUUUAUAAUUAAUUUAAGGCCUUUAAAGUGGUAUGAAAAUAGUCAAACUUAAACACUUAAUGACCUCAUAUAAAUAAAAUGAGUUUAUCAACAUUGUGUUCAUGCUUACAGAUUAAUAGAAAUUAGAGUAAGAAGAUAAAAGGAAAUUGAUAAAAGAAUACAUUAUAUUAAUGUUAAUAAAUGUUGUAUUAUUUUUUAGUUUGAAAUAAAAACGUAAAGGUUGUUACCUAUUGGAUUAAAACUUGAGAAACAAUGGUUUAAUGUAAUAAGACAAUCCGAUUUUGUUUAUGGAUGUGUAUUCUGUAAACCAUUUUAAAAUAUCUUAAAUUAUUGUUUUCAAGGAAAGCCUAUUGUAUGUUCAACAUUUUCAUAGUAAGUUACACACGGCAAUUUUUUUCUGGUUUAACCAUAAUAUUACUGGUCUUAUUUUUUACAUGUAUGUGAUAAGUCUUAGAUGUACAGUAUAUUUUGAAAGUUAAUGAACUUUUAAAUAGAAAUCUCAAAAAAGCUUUGUUUAAAGAGCAUGCCUCCAGAUUUAUGUUAUUUUAUAGUGAAAAGUUUUCUCGUGAAUCAGUGAUUAAACAGCCUAAGACGCCAAAACUUCCCAAAAGGUAUUAAUUACAUACCUACUAAAGUAUGUAAAGAGCAGUUACUCAGAAAACAGGGUAGAUAAAAUGGUGAUCAAUGGAAAUACAUUUAUAUACUAUUUGUACAUAAAACAUGCAGAGUACUGCAUAGAUUGCAAGUAAUUAUACAUAACAUAUAAUAACUCUUAAUACUGUUUACAUUACAUUAAAAUGUAAGUUAGAUUUUUGUUUUAAUUUAUUUACUCAUCACUAGAUGGUAAAAGGGUCAAGGAUAACACUACACCUGCUGAAUUUCUUAUUAGGACUUGUUUGGAAAUAUUUAUUAUCAAUUUUAUGGUUAUCAAUGUGAAAAAUUUAAAGUUAGACAGCCAGCUGUAUACUUAACCAACAGUAAAAGGCCUGGUUAAAUUACACAGAUAUGCAGGCUGGCCUGGUUCUAUUCUGGUGGCAAAGGCUUUAUCAAUUUCCAUUUCAGUAGGUUAAUGAUAAUGAUACAAUUGAAAAACAUUAAUUUUAGUGUAAUAUUUAGACAAAUAUUUUAAUUUAGUUAAUAAGGAAAAAAAAGAAAUUAAGAAUUGAAUUGGUAUGAAAAUUUGUUAUCCUUACUUUCUGUAAAUGAAUAUUGUUUUUAGAAGAAUUUGUCCCAAGUUAAAGGGUAUUAUUAGUCAUAAAUGUGUGUAACAUAAUUAACAUGUUUGUAAUAUAAAUAUCUAUAUUUAACACCAAUGCCAUGUUUAUAUUGAUUCAAUCAAUAUAAAAUGUUGGGAGAAUGUAAAUAAUAAUUGGAUGAUCUUUCUAGUUACAGAAAUUGAAAUUAUAGAUUUAUUGUAGUAUUUUGUACACAUUAUGUCAUUGAAAGUGAUAAAACAAUUUCUUUUGUAAUGCAGAAACAGUGUGUCAUUACAGCAGUAAACGUUGCCUCAGUAACUGCCUCGUGACAGACUCGGACCUCAAAUCUAAAUAAAAUCCACUUCUGAUAUAGAGGUAUUUUUGUCUUCAAUUCUAACAUGUGGAGAACACAAUUUUUUUACUUAUUUUUUUUUGUCCAAGCAGAAACUAAAAAGUUCAGUAUUGAACCUUAUAAAGAUGUUUACUUUCUUUGUUUUAAACUGACAAUGUUAGACGAAAUACGGUCUUCAAAAAUUGAUUUAUUUAUUAAUUUUGUAACUAAAUGCCUUUACUUACCAUUAUAUAUAUAGAUUUGAGUUCAAUAUUUGAAGACUGGUUACACUGACACUGACUGUUUUAUAACAGAGAUGUUUAAGUAUGUAUGUGUGUGUUGGUAUAAAUGAACAAAUAUACUAAUGUAAUGUUUAAAUGUAUUAUGUGUAAUUUUAUUUCACACUGAUACUUUGGUUACCUCCCUUUGGUUACAAAAGUGAUCUGUGUAUGUAAAGGGCAUUAUUGUAGGAAAUUGUAUGUUGAACAUAUUAAGUUGAUGUAAACACUUAACUAGAUAAAUCUGAUUACACUGAUAUACGGAUAUGAGUUUUUAUUUUGUUGAUUGCAUCAUAGAUAUAAAUAGAAGUUAUGUGUACAUGGAUAUGUGACAGUAUGUUCGAUGAAAAUAGAUUUGUUUUAUACAUUGACAAGAUAAUCUCUGAUGAAACCAAUUGGAAAAAUGAUAUUAUUUGUUGUAGGUGUAACGAUAUUGCAGAUUUAAGAACAGAUUUGUGCAUUUGUUAUAAAUUAGGGCCUAGAGUAAAGUAAAAUCUAAUUUGUCUGAUAAUAAUGUUUAUCUCAAAUGUAUUUUGUAAAUAGCAUAAGGUAACCUUUGUUUUAUCAUCAUUUUAUUAUCUGACUUAAAAUCAACAUGCUAAAUUACCUAAAUGUACAGUAUUCACUUUCCAUUUUGAAACGCGAUUAGGCCAUGUUGGGUCUAUCGUUAUAAAAA